AAAAUUAUUCUCAUGGUUGGUGCAUGAGAGAAAAAGUAUUCUUAUCAAUAUUCUGCUUUAGAACGUGUAUCUUUAUGUUUAUGUUUAUGAUAAUGUUGGAUUAAUUUUAUAAUAGUACUUGUAUUGUAUUAAUUAUCAUGUCUGCAUUGUCAAGAUUAUCAAGUGAGUUUUUUAUUCUUCUUUAGUUCCUCAUAGAUCAAGCUACUAUCAUGGAAAUUCACAAUAAUUUUUCUUUUAUUAUUACCUUCAUUUCCUCCUUUCUCUUCCUUUUGGUGCUAUUCAAAAUAGUUACAAGAUGGAGUGAUAUCAAUUUACCACCAGGACCAUGGAAAUUGCCCUUCAUAGGAAACAUACACCAGAUUAUCAGCAGCUCACUGCCUCAUCGCCGCUUCCAAAAUCUGGCCAAGAAAUAUGGACCUUUAAUGCACCUAAAAUUAGGAGAGGUAUCAUACUUAAUAGUUAGUUCACCAGAAAUGGCGAAAGAGAUUAUGAAAACACAUGAUAUCAACUUUUGUGAUAGGCCAAACCUUCUUUUGUCAACACUAUGGAGUUACAAUGCUACGGAUAUAGUCUUCGGUACAUACGGAGAACACUGGAGACAACUCAAAAAGAUAUGCGUUGUUGAGCUAUUAAGUGAAAAACGCGUUCAAUCAUUUAGGUCCAUAAGAAAAGAAGAGGUGUCGAAUCUUGUUAAAUCAAUAUUUGAAAGUGAAGGUUCUGUUGUUAAUUUCACUCAAAAGAUUAUCUCAUUGACAAAUGGGAUUACAGCGCGUGCAGCUUUUGGAAAAAGGAAUAGACAUGAAAAAGUGUUCAUAUCAGCAAUGGAGGAAAUAUUAAGACUAUUUGGAGGAUUUUGUAUUGCAGAUUUGUAUCCGUCUAUUAAAAUGCUUCAAAUGUUGAGUUUGUCGAAGAACCAACUUGUAAAACUUCAAAGAGAGUUUGAUAUCAUAAUGCAAGACAUUAUUGAUGACCACAAAUGCAGUCACAAGGAAGCAGGCAAGGAAGAUGAUCUAGUAGAUGUUCUUCUCGAGAUUCAACGAGAAAAUGAUCGCUCACAACAUGUCUUGACCGAUGAAAAUAUAAAAUCAAUCAUCCAGGACAUGUUCGCUGCUGGUACAGAACCAUCGUCACAGGUUGUGCUAUGGGGGAUGUCUGAGAUGGUAAAGAAUCCAAAGGUAAUGGAAGAAGCACAAGCCGAGGUAAGACGAGUGUUUGAUAAAAAGGGGCAUGUAGAUGAGACAGAGAUGCACCAAUUGAUAUACUUAAAGAAUGUCGUCAAAGAAACACUGAGGUUGCAUCCUACUGCGCCGUUGUUAGUUCCAAGAGAAAGUAGGGAGACAUGCCAAAUCAAUGGUUAUGUUAUCCCAGCUAAGACAAGGGUCUUGGUCAAUGCUUGGGCUAUUGGAAGAGAUCCAAGGUAUUGGGAUGAUGCUGAGAGUUUUAAACCCGAGAGGUUUUUUAAUAGUCCGAUUGAUUUUAAAGGCACGGACUUUGAAUACAUACCAUUUGGUGCGGGAAGGAGGAUGUGUCCAGGCAUUGCAUUUGGCUUGCCUAACGUUGAUCUGCCUCUUGCUCAGUUACUUUACUACUUCGAUUGGAAGCUUCCCAAUAAAAUGAAGAAUGAAGAAUUAGAUAUGACGGAGCUAUUUGGACUUGGUGUAGGAAGAAAACAUGACCUAUGCUUAAUUCCUAUUACUCGUCGUCCUUAAUAUAUGUAUUUGCCUAAACAAAAAAUUGAAAUUUACAGGUGUUUAAUUUUUUCAUAGUACUUUCAGCAAUUAGCUAUUGGAGAAUGAUUGUGAUAAAGGUAGCAAAUACCAUUAAUUUAUCCCAAUAAUGUGUACAAGUACAA